CGUCAUCACGUGACGACCAAUAGCCGUUCAGAUACAGUCAACACUGAGUUUGAAUUUGAAAACGUUUCGGCGAGUGUUUCGAUGUGCGUCCGUGCUUCAUCUCACCUUUAAAUCACGAAGCCGCCAUGAAGUUUAAUAUGAACAAGGCGGGACCGCUUUUGGCAUGGAUGAAUACCAUGUUUCCAGAGAAGCAUGUCUGGGAGUUCGUUCCUAUGAGAGAUGGGUUACGACUCCUGAAGAUCUGCUUCAAACUAAGGGGGAUGGAGAACUUUGAGGAUUUUAAGACUUUAUCCCUCUAUAAGAAAGUGGAAGUCAUCUUCAGCUUUUUGCAUGAUGACUUUCACCUCACCAAAAGACAAAGUUCCCUCAUCUUACAGAAGAUCAAUGGAGGAAUUGAUCUGGAGCUUCAAGUGGCUAAGGUGGCGCUUCUGCUUUGUUACUGCACUUUUAAAAAGGGCAUAAUGCCACCUAUGGAUUCAAAUACAGAGGAGGAAAUUACAUCCAUGUUUCGUUUUGUGAAAGAUGACACUGACAGCCUGUCUUUAGACGAAGGCCUAGAGCAGUUUCUAGACCAAGACUCUUUUAUGAACUCCACAUACUCCAGCAGUAUGAGCAUCGGCAGCUCGCCGUUAUAUACAGAUGACGAAUCUCCGAUUGUCGGCCGGUUCCAAAGGCCUCCAAGAGUUCAGUUUCAAGAGCUUUGUACAGUUGCUUCCAGCUCAGACAGCUCUCCAAUUCAGGAUUUAAUGAGCACACCACAUUUCCAGCUGAAGAAACUCCGGAAAGAAUUGGCGCAUGAGGGUGAUGUGAGAGACGAGCUGGAGAAAGAACUGGCCAAUCAGAUCAACAUCAUCUCAGAGAAAGAGGGUCUGAUUUCCCAGUUACAACAUAGGGUGGAGCGAAUGCUGCGGGAACACGGAGAGCUGGAGAAGGACCAUAAAGCUGCACUACUGGAGCUCCAGGAGAAGAACGAGAGUCUUCUCCACAGAGUGCAUGAGGUUCUAAAGCAAUGUCAAGACUUGAAAACAGACAACUCUCAAAAAGAGAGAAAGAUCGAUGAACUGACAGAGGAGAAUGGAACACUUACCGCACAGGUGAGAAACGCUUUCGCUCAGUUGGCGAGAGCUGAGGAGGAAGUUGCCAAACUCACGCUGGCUCACGAAUCAGCACAGGCUGAGUGGAAAAACAGAAAAGAGUUUCUUGAGAAGGAGUUAAAUGAGGCUGUCACACACAGGGAUUGUCUGAGUGAGCAAGUUCAAAUCCUUCAGGGAAAGAUUUCUGUUCUGGAGGAUGAACUCAAGAAAGCUCAGUCUCAGGAGAAAGGAGAAGUUUUGGGACCCAUCAUGGAGUGGGAGAAGCUUAAACAGGAGUUGGCAGAUCUGACUCGUCAACUUGCUCAGCUUCAGGACACUAUUUCUCGUCUUGAGAAGGAAAAGGCAGAACUUGAGGCUCUGCUGGCUGAGGAGAGAUGCUCUUUUGAAAAAGAGACGAAAAGACUCCAAAUGGUGGUGUUCGAUCUGGAGCAGUCCAUCAAUAACAUCCGCUUAGAGAGAGAAACACUGCAGGAGGCUUUACAGACACAGAAGGAAAUGCUUACUGCACAGAUAUCAGCUCUGGAAAGUGAUGUUUCUCGCCUGCAACAGGUGGAAGUGCAGUUGUCGGCAGAGAUUAAAAUCUCUGCUGACCUUCGUCAACAGAGAGAGAAGCUAGAGGGGAAGGUAGCCUCUUUAGACAAGAUGGUUCAUGCUCUGCAUGCUGAGAUCCAGGGCUUGGAAGUGGAGAGAGCAUCACAGCAGGACGCCCUGAAUGCCCUUAUCGUUGAUUUGCAAAGUGCCAGAGCCACCAUUCAGGAGUAUGAGAAUAAACUGGAAGAGCAUCAGAAUGUGGUGCAAGAAAAUGAAUCCCUGAAAAAGGAAGCAUGCACAUUGCAGCAGGAGAUUAAUGAGCAUCUACAAACCAAUGGAGACCUUCAGGAGCAAAUAAAUAUUCUCAGACAGGAGAAAACCGAGGAGGAGAACAAGGUUAAUCAGGCUUUGACCAAAAUUCAGAGCCUCCAAACACAAAUUCUGGAUCUGUCCAAACAGAUUUCCCUAAAAGAUGAAGAAAUCAGAAAUCUGAGGAACAAGUAUGACGCUGUAGACCACGAGCUGAAGCUUGUGAAGGAACAAAAUAUUGAAAUAAAUGAAAUGAUCAAAUCAAAUCGCAAAGAGCACGAGGACACUGUUAAAAAACUCCAGCAAGAGCUUGACACUGCUUCUUCGAUUGCUUCAGAAAAACAAGAAGAAAUGCUGGUUCUGUCAGCAGAGGUAACAUCACUUAAAGAGCAGAUCUGCCGUUACAGUGAAAACGAAGUGCAGAAACAACAAGAAUUGUCUGUUUUAGAGGCACAACACAAUGUGUUGAAGGAAAACAUGACUUCUAUUCAGAGCCAGCUGGCUGAGGUGACAACUACUGCUUCACAGAAGGAAUCUGAGCUCCACUUGCUUCAGCAGGAGCUUUGCCAACAAGAAACCCUGAGAGAAGAAGCUCAGGAGCUUGAAAAAGCCAGACGUGAGGAGCUUGAGAUAACUGUGAUUGAACUUCAGAAAACAAUCCUAGAGGUCACCUCUCUUGUCUCAGAGAGAGAAGCUUGCAUGAAUUCUCUUCAAGAUGAGAUAAAGGAUCAGCAAUUGAGGGCCAAACAGUGUGAAGAUGAUCUACGCAGUGAGCUAAAGGAGAAGGUUGGAAAUCUACAGGAACUGCUAGACGCUGCCAAUCGUGAUGCUGCAGACAAAGAACAUAUUCUACAGUCUUUGAAUGAGAAGCUGAAGCAGGUGGAAUUGCUGUGCCAACAAAAAGAGAAAGAUGUUGGAGAGAUGCAUCAAACAAAGGAAGAUCUGGAAAAGAGAAUUACUGAGCAGAAACAACAACUGGAUGAGUGCCAGCAGAAUUUAGAAAUCCUAAGAAAAGAAAGAGACCAUCUCUCUGCUCAAGUAUCAUCUCUCCAAGAUGAAAUCAGCCGAUCCCAACAAGAAGUGUCUGUGUUACAGGCUGACAACAGUGUUUUGAAGGAAAACUUGGGUGCUCUUCAGAACCAGUUGGCUGAGGUGACAACAACAGCUUCCCAAAAGGAAUCUGAGCUCCUCUUGCUUCAGCAGGAGCUUUCCCAUCAAGAGACUCUGAGAGUAAAAGCUCUGGAGCUUGAGACAAUCAAACGUGAAGAGUUUGAGAAAAAGGUGAGUGAGCUUCAGGCCAAAAUUCUAGAGGUUUCCACUCUCGCAUCUCAGAGAGAAGCUCAAGUAAUUUCCCUUCAAAAUGAAAUGAAAGAUCAACAGUUGCGUGCCAAGCAGUCUGAAGAUGAUCUCCGCAGAGAGCUGGAAGAGAAGGUUGGUACCUUACAAGGAGAACUAGAUACAGUCAGUCGUUGUGCUGUGGAUAAAGAUGAACUCCUGGGAUCUUUGGAUCAAAAGCUCAAAGAGAUGGAAGGGCUUUUCCUUCAAAAAGAGAAAGAUAUCCUUGAAACGCAUCAGGCAAAGGAGGAACUAGAGAAGAGGAUUGUUGAGCUUCAUGUUGAGACACAACAGCUUUCUGAGUGCCAGCAGAAUUUGGAAAUAUUGAGGAAGGAAAGAGACCACUUGUCAGCUGAAGUAACAUCUCUUAAAGCAGAAAUUCAUAGCUACCAGGACACUGAAGUGCAGAAGCAACAGGAAAUAUCUGUUUUAGAGGUUGAACGCAACAUGUUAAAGGAGAACAUGACUGACCUUGAGAAGAAACUGGUGGAGGAAACAACUGCAUCUUUACAGAAACAAUCUGAACUUGUCUUGCUUCAAGACAAGCUUCACCAACAAGAGAGCCUUAGAGAAAGGGCUCAGGAGCUUGAGACUUCCAAGCGUGAGGAACUUGAGAGAACGGUUAGUGAACUUCAAGCUCAAAUCCUAGAGGUCUCCACACUAGCCUCUGAGAGGGAGGCUUGUGUUAAUUCUCUUCAAGAUCAGUUGACAGAUCAGUUGAAGUCCAAACAGUCUGAAGAUGAUCUCCGCAGAGUGCUGGAAGAGAAGGUUGAAACCCUUCAGGGACAAUUGGAAACUGUGAGUAGAGACGUCUCAGACAAAGACCAGCUUCUGGAGACUAUGGAUCAGAAGCUGAGGCAGAUGGAUCUGCUGUGCCAGGAAAAGGAGAAAGAUGUUCUUGAUAUGCAUCAGGUAAAGGAGGACUUGGAGAAGAAGAUUGGUGAACUUAUUGUUGAGAAACAACAGCUGGUGGAGUACCAGCAGAAUCUGGAAACAGUGAAAAAGGAAAGAGACAUCCUGUCAACUGAAGUGACCUCUCUCAAAGAUGAAGUCCAAAAAUUCCAGGAAAAUGAAGUGCAGAAGCAACAAGAGAUUUCUAUUUUAGAGGUUGAACAAAACACAUUAAAAGAAAACUUGGCUGCUCUUAAGACGCAAGUGGCGGAGUUGACAACUACAGCCUCUCAGAAGGAAUCUGAACUUCUGUUGCUUCAAAAGGAGGUUUGCGAACAAAACAACAUUAAAGAAAAAGCUCAGAAGCUUGAGAAAGAUAUAAGUGAACUUCAGGUUAAAAUCCAUGAGGUCUCCACUCUUGCUUCUGAGAGGGAAGCUCAAAUAGUUUCUCUUAAAGAUGAAAUAAAUGAUCAGCAGUUAAGGACCAAACAGUCUGAAGAUGAACUCCGCAGAGUGCUGGAAGAGAAGAUUGAAACACUACAGAGACAACUAGAAACUACCACUUGUGACAUCACAGGCAAAGACCAUCUUUUGCAAUCCUUGGAUCAGAAGCUGAAGCAGGUGGAACUGCUUUGCCAACAAAAGGAGAAAGAUGUCCUUGAGAUCCAACACUCAAAGGAAGAUCUGGAGAAGAGGAUUAGUGAGCUUUUUGUUGAGAAACAACAAAAACAGGAGGAGUACCAGCAGAAUUUGGAAACGGUGAGAAAGGAAAGAGAGGUUCUGUCAACUGAAGUAGUCUCUCUCAAACAUGAAAUCCGAAGUCACCAGGAAAAUGAAGUGCGGAAGCAACAGGAGAUUUAUGCUUUAGAGGUCGAACACAACACACUAAAGGAGAACUUGGCUGUUCUUAAGACACAAAUGGUGGAGUUGACAACUACAGCUUCUCAGAAGGAAUCUGAGGUUCAGUUGCUUCAAAAGGAGGUUUGCGAACAAGAAAACUUUAAGGAAAAGUCUCAGGAACUUGAGAUGCAAAUAAGUGAACUUCAGGCUAAAAUACUAGAGGUUUCCACUCUUGCCUCAGAGAGGGAAGCUCAAUUAAGUUCUCUUAAAAAUGAAAUAAAUGAUCAGCAGUUAAGGGCCAAACAGUCUGAAGAUGAUCUCUGCAGAGUGCUGGAAGAGAAGAUUGAAACCCUUAAGGGACAGUUUGAAACUGCCACUCGUGACGUCUCUGACAAAGACCAAGUUCUGCAGACUUUGGAUUUGAAGCUGAGGAAGAUGGAAUUGCUGUGCAAACAAAAGGAGAAAGAUGUCCUUGAGAUCCAACACUCAAAGGAAGCUCUGGAGAAGAGGAUUGGUGAGCUUCAUGCUGACAGACGUCAACUGGAUGGGGAUUUGGAGAUGCUGAGGCAAGAAAAGGACCACUUGAGUUCUCUCAACCAAUCUCUGCGGAAGAAGUGUGGUGCCUCCCAGAAGAUUCAAGCUGAGCUGGAGUUGAAGGUAGAAGAGCAAAGCAGUUCCGUCCUUGCUCUUAAAAAGGCUUCCCAAAAGUGGGAGGAGCAGAAUCAGGAACUCCUGGAGCAGCUGAAGGCUAAGACAGAAGCAGUAGAGCACUACAAAGCACAGGUGGAUAAGGCCAAGAAUCACUACAAUGGUAAAAAGCAGCUGCUGGUGGAGGCUCAGGAGCUGAACCAAAUUCUCGAGCACUCAUUGGAGGCCAGCAAGAGGGAAGUCAAAGCUCUGGAGACAGAACUGACUUUGGCUCGCAUGGAACUAGACCAGGCGAGCACCAAGGAGAAGAACCUUGCGGCCAAAGUGAAAAGCUUAGAGGCACAAGUGGACUUUGCUGACAGGCAACUGCGAGAGCAGAGGAAGAUGACUGAUGACAAAGAGAACAUGAGACACAGAGAAAGUCAGUACAUCAGAGUCCCAGAGAAACAGCAGGACACCAGUACAGAUAGCUUGGAGUUUGAGCUGAACGAUUCGCUCAACACUAUCAGUCGUUCAGCAGUACCGGGUGAAUCCAGCACUCCACUGGUUCGUAGCUCUGAGCGUUUGGCUGCUAAACGUCGUGCCUUGGGGGCAGAGUCUCUGGAAACUCUCUACUUUACUCCUCUGAGUCAACAAGGCAACAAGCGUAAAGGGGACUACAAUGAUGCCUUUGAACACACACUAGAGUCCAGCAUCACUUCCAUUGGUGAUCUUGUGGUUGACUCUGCAAAGAAGCUGACCGCUUCGGCUCGCAGGCGCCGUACUACACAAGUAAUCAACAUCACCAUGGCUAAGAAGACAUCAGGAAGUGCUGAAGGCGACGAGUCGUUUUAUAGUCUGCACUCUGCCCGAUCACAGCCCAACUUGGCAGUUCAGCGUUCACGGCCGUUCUCCAUGGACCUCUCGGAGGAAAGUGCUACCGCAACUUUAUCAAAAGCAGACACCCUGCAAAGUCUGCCUGGAUAUCGUAGAAGCACUGCGCACAACGUUGCCCCACCAAGAGCCACCAGUGCAUUCUGUAUUGGAGCAGAGAAUGAACCCGAGCAUGCUGCUGACGACUGGAUGCGUAUCGCAGAGCUGCAGGCACGAAACAAAGCCUGUCUGCCUCACCUGAAGAGCAGCUACCCGCUGGAGUCCAGGCCCAGUCUGGGACCCUCAUUCACCGUAACGGACGAGGACCUGCGUAUGGGUGACCCGGAUGAGACGAUCCGACGUGCAUCCAUGAUGCCAGGUCAGAUCCUGGAGUCCCUGAACUCUCGCCGCUUCUCCCUUGCGCCGAGUUCGAGCCAGAGCUCUGCGAACUCCCAGCCCCAGCGCGCCACUAUGUUGCCGGGUCAGAUCCGUUCCAGCACUGCUGCUCACCGGGCCACUCAGGUUGCAAAAACAAGCUCAAACAUGCGUGCUUCAGAAAAUAAACGCAGCCCGCUGGCUCCCAAACGCCCUGGAUCCCAACUGCAAGUGCCAGACACACCUGAGGCGAAGAAGCUGGCAAGUUGCUUCCCACGACCCAUGACACCUAAAGCCAGGUUCGGCAACAGUCAAAACAGACCUCCAAACUCGCCGGCCGAGCGGAGACAAUCUGUGAUGUUCACUGUUGAAAAUACACCAAAGAACAGCGGUCGUGGUGACAGCAGGUUGCAGCGUGGCCUCAACAAGCUGCGUAACAGCGCUCGCAAAUCUCCCGCCGUGGCCAGUCGUGCCCUGCGUACGGCGGUGGCCGGCAAGUCUCCUCUGGACUCCACUCGGAGAAGGUCUCCCCGAAACAAGUCGCCCAAAUCCUCCAAUGCCAAAAAGGGAACACAGUGACUCGCUGCUCUGAACAAUGCCUGAAUGAAGAUCAGGAUUAAGGUUUAAAUUUGAGGAUUCAACACCGUUUUCGUUUUGUGUUUUUAUCUGUUUCUCUUUUCUCUUUACAAAUAAGUUAUUUCUUAUCACAGGAUGCAGUGGUCUUAAUUACUGUCCUGUUUGUGUAACUGGUUGUAUAAUAUUUAAAUGUAUUCCUUGUUCUAUAAUAAAGUCUUUUAUAUCAAAUCCUUGACAGGUUUGUCAACCAUUGCUAAAUUGAAGCAGUUCAUAAGUGUAUAAAUGCAGAAACGUUUCUAUUGAAAGUUAAUAUACAUUAAAGA